CUUUCCCCAUCUCCUUUUUUAUUCUAUCAUACCAAGUUCUUCUUAGUUUUCAUACAACAAUAUGGCUGGAUUUUCAAAUGAAGAGGAUGUCGCGUUAAUUCGUGCUUAUUGUGGCGUUGCUAGAGAAUCUAUUAUCGACAUAAACAUUAAUGCGACUAGUUUUUGGCAGCGAAUACUUGGACAUUUUAGAAGUGAGAUUAACAACGAGAAUGCAAGAAACAUAAAGCCAAUACAGUGUAGAGUGACCAUGUUGAAAAAACAUGUUAAGAGAUAUGUCGGCUUUGUGAAACAGAGUAUCCGGGGAAUGGCUGAUGGGGGAUAUGACGUUGCCACGGCUUACCAACUGGGAAAAAAUGCAUAUGAGGCGGAGGGUAGAUUGUGGACACAUGGAACGGUGUAUGAAAUAUUUAAGAAUACAUUUGCUGAUGAAUAUGAUACUGCGGAGAUUCCUCCUCCGUUUCUGGGAAAUCUAAAUGGAGAAGAGGCUUAAGACAUUACAACAUCA